AUGGGUAACCGCCCAGGAAAAACAUGUAAUGCUAUGUCCACUACUGACAACCUCAGGGAAUCCCCUAGAACGGGUGAUAUUUGUCAAGUAGAUGGGGCUUGGAAGGAGACAGAAAGUCGAGCUGGGCUAGGAUGGUUUUACUUGAACAUGAAUACUCAGGAAAAGCUUAUGGGAACUCGUAACUUGAGAAGGGGAAUAUCGCCCCUCCAAACGGAGUUGGAGGCACUUAUUUGGGCCAUGCAUUGUAUGCUACGGCAUAAUAAAUUGUUAACGCGUUUUGAGACGGAUUGCUCUGAUGUGGUGAAGAUGGUGUCUACGCCAGAGGAGUGGCCAGCGUUCGCAAUACUUCUUGACGAGGUUGACCGGUGUAAAAGGAGGUUUACCUCCUUCUCCAUCGCGCACAUACCUAGGACGAAAAACACGAAGGCAGACAAGUUAGCACGGAGUGCUCGAGCUCUACCUACUGAUGUGUAUUAUGUAAACUCUGUUUCGCCAACUUGGAUUCCCGAGCUGGUUUAG